AUGUCUUGGGUCCUGACUGACGGGAGGGAACCCCGAUCCCAGGCGGAAGCGCACACACCCUCCCCUGGUCCUCCUCCUUCAGGCUUCGCCCUCCUUCUCCUCCUCGCCUUCGCUCUCAGUCAGAACCUCUGCAGUGGUUCGACCGGUUCGACGCCAGAUCCGCCCAUCACAGGGUUGGCCCGGCUUGACAUGGACGCGCACGCCCCCUUGCUGAGCGGGACAAUCUGUGACCAGGGCAUCACAACUUGA